GUAGCUAAAGCGGCGGUGGACACAAAGGGGAGACAGAGAGAGAGAGAGAGAGAGGGGUGGAGAGCGUGGAGAGGAGAGGAACUGGUCCCCCCACCUCGCCUCCCCGAAACCCCCUCCCCCAUCCAUUCCCCCUCCCUUAUCCUCGCGCGUACACACACACAGACACACACACACACACACACACACACACUCCCUUGCACGCGCGCACACACACAUACACACAUACACGCGCGCAUCCACCGAAGAGCAGAGGCCUGGCGGCUCGUGGCUUGCGGAGCUGAGCCAAGGGUUGGGGGCGCGGCUGCCGCUGCGGGGCUCCCGUUGUACCACCGACUCUCGAACACCCGGGAGGGGAUGCUGAAGCGCUGCCCCGGGGAGGAGCGGACAGGACGGGCGCGGCUGCUCGGUGGUGGAGGCGGCGGCCGCUCCUCCGGGGUGUGAUUGAUGCUCUGGGCCUGCUGCUCCCUGUGCUCAACGCCGUCCUCCUCGGGCAGUUAGUUAUGGGGGCAGCCAGCGCCGCGGGGACCACGCUCCGGCUGCCCGCGGCUCCCCCGCUCGCUUUCUGUUACACGUCGGUUUUUCUGCUUUUCGCUUUCUCUGUGCCCGGGAGCAGAGCGUCCAACCAGCUCCCGGGCGGCGGCGGUGGCGGCGGCGGGGCAGGAGCGGGCGCUGGAGCAGCAGCCGGAGGAGGAGGGGGCGCAGCCGGAGGAGGAGGAGGAGGAGACUGCCCUGGCACGGGCAAAGGGAAGAGCAUCAACUGCUCAGAAUUAAAUGUGAGGGAGUCUGAUGUAAGAGUUUGUGAUGAAUCGACUUGUAAAUAUGGAGGACUCUGUAAAGAAGAUGGAGAAGGCUUGAAAUGUGCAUGUCAAUUUCAGUGUCAUACAAAUUACAUUCCUGUCUGUGGCUCAAAUGGAGACACUUAUCAAAAUGAAUGCUUCCUCAGAAGAGCUUCCUGUAAACAUCAGAAAGAGAUAACGGUAGUGUCAAGAGGACCAUGUUACUCUGAUAAUGGUUCUGGCUCUGGAGAAGGAGAGGAAGAAGGGUCAGGGGCAGAAGUUCACAGGAAACAUUCCAAGUGUGGACCUUGCAAAUAUAAAGCUGAGUGUGAUGAGGAUGCAGAAAAUGUUGGGUGUGUAUGUAACAUAGACUGCAGUGGAUACAGUUUUAAUCCUGUCUGUGCUUCUGAUGGGAGUUCCUACAACAACCCAUGCUUUGUUCGAGAAGCAUCAUGUGUGAAACAGGAACAGAUUGAUAUAAGACACCUUGGACAUUGCACAGACACUGAUGAUACUAGUUUGUUGGGAAAAAAGGAUGAUGGAUUACCAUAUCGACCAGAUGUGAAAGAUGCCAGUGAUCAAAGAGAAGAUAUUUAUAUUGGAAACCACAUACCUUGCCCUGAAAACUUCAAUGGUUACUGCAUACAUGGAAAAUGUGAAUUCAUUUAUUCUACUCAAAAGGCUUCUUGCCGGUGUGAAUCUGGUUACACGGGACAGCACUGUGAAAAGACAGAUUUUAGUAUUCUCUAUGUGGUUCCAAGUAGACAAAAACUUACCCACGUCCUUAUUGCAGCCAUCAUUGGAGCUGUACAGAUCGCCAUUAUCGUCGCAAUUGUCAUGUGCAUAACAAGAAAAUGCCCUAAGAACAACAGAGGACGUCGGCAGAAGCAAAACCUAGGCCAUUUUACAUCGGAUACGUCAUCCAGAAUGGUUUAGCUCGAUGACUUUUAUAUGUACACCAACCAUGUGAUAAACAUUUUAUUAUGUCUUUUUUUAAAGAAUAGAAAUAUUUAUUUCAGAGGCCUUAUUUUUGGACAUUUUUAGUGGAACACUGUCGGCUUGUAUUUAGAAAAGCAUCAACUCUAACAAUUAUGGAGUUUCUGUUUUGUGUUUUUAAAUACUGAACUUCAUUUUCUGUAUCUGUAACACAUGGUUAUAUAAGACUUGUACUUUACCCAUGGAAUGUAAUAUUUUUGCAAACCCAGAUCACUUCACAAAUGAUUAUAGAGUCACACACACACACACACGCAUACACAACCACAAGAAUUAAGCAUGAACUAAAGGUAAAAGAUGUUUACAGAUUACUUUUCAUACAAAAAAAAACCCUAGAAGACACUGUGUUUAAAUAGAUAUUUAAAUGUUUUUGAGAUUUAGUACAUGAUUUUUUUAGACACUGCUUACCGCAUGAAUUGUGAAGCUGUAUUAUGUGUGUAGCUGUAAAAUAUUUAUAAAACGUUUGGAUUGUAAAUUGAACACUACUUUCCUUGAGAAAUGCUUCUAACAUUUGGAAAAGGAUCUCAUGGUGCUGAUGGAACAGAUCCAUAAAAGGUGGGCCUUGGUAGAUUUAGUUUAUUGUGAUCAUUGACUCUAAAAGGCAACAGAUUGGAAUCAAGCCUACUUUUCUCAUUACCAUUUUAAUACUCAACCACUUUUUUAAAGAAAAUAUUUGUUUUAACACAAAAAAUAAAUUGAUUGUAUUAGUGUUUGUGAUUAAAAUGCAAAAAAAGAUCAUUAACGAGCAGCAUUCCUGAAGAGAAUAUGCCAAGAGCUUUAAAAAAAGCUCUUCCUCCAAAUUAGACUUCUGGUUAUAGUUAUAUUAAUAGAUUGUUGAUGUUUGGAAGAUCUGAAAUGUGAGUAGGAUGUAUUCAACUGUUUAACAUGUAGUUUAGACUUUCAGAAGUAUGCAUGUAGAAUUUAAUAAUUUGUUGAAAAUAAACAAUUGAUUUUAAUAUUUGGUUUGGAAAGCAUGUUAAAAUACAAUGUUUUCACUAUA